GUGCAUGCGAGCAUCGCUGGGAAGCCCUUGCAGAAGUAAUACAACUCGGCUGCUCUGGGCCCUGGCCGAGGUUGGGCCUGAGCCAUUCAAUAGGCCAGCUCUCGCAUUCAUUACUCAUGCUAUCUCCGGCCCGCCCCCCAUGUCUCAUCAUGAGCUGAACUCGCUCACGACCACGAAGUACCCGACUCGACACAAGAACCACAUGUCAGCGUCCACGGUGCGGCAGCACAAUUCCCUUAGCCUCGCUGUGCAACACGUGGGUACAGCUGCACGUAAUACGGUUCCAUCAUCAACUUUAUAUACUUCCCGUUGAUGAGACUCCGAGAUUAGUCGGAAG